CACUUCUAUCUCUCAAAACAAUUAGUAAGUCAUCUACCAGAUUAUGAAUAUAUAAUGUUAUUAAUAUACUUGUACUUCGUAGCGUGUAUUGUACAUGAGAUACCAUUGUUUUAAAAAAAAAUAAAAAAUAAAAUAAAAAAAUAGAUUGAAACCAUAUAAUAGUAUUGGGUUUCCAAUACAAUUUAGAAAUUCCCCUCAUGACUUCGUGAGGAAAAAUUCCUAAGUAAUUCGUAUAUUUUUCUUCAAAUUCAUUAAAAAUUCCUUUUCGUGAGAAGGAUAUUCGAAUGAUUAUUUUUCUUACCUUUAUUUUAAAAAAAACCCAAAAGUCCAACCCAUAUUUACAACCGGGUCUAGUACAUCAUUAGCCCAACCCAAGAGAAACAAGACGCUCCAGAAAUCAUAAAAGUAGCCGUUAAAUGUAAUCAAACGGCUCCAAUUCAUUCUCCUUUUCAAAACAUUAAACUCCCUCCUUCAAAUUUACAACUUUUCUGACCGUUUGAGAUUUCGCCAUCUUCUCAAUAUCACUCCUUCUCUUUCUCUCUCUAUAAUCAAACUUUCAAGCUCACUUUCUCUCUCAUAUUCUCUUGAAAUCCCUGAUUUUCAUCUCCAGAUUUCUUCAAUUUACUUGUUUUUCAGCAAAAUUAAUUUGUGGAAAAAUGGAUGAUCAAACUGUAGAAAUCGUUCGAGAAAAUGGCGACGCAAACUCAUUUAUGGAGUCAGCAAAUGCAACACCACAUGCUCAAAACGAUAGAGUGGAGGAAAAUACGAAUUCUACUGAUGCAAGUCAAUAUUCGAACGAAUCCCAAGCAGUUUCAGUUGAUGAAGAGCCUAAGCUUCCAAUACUAAGGAAAAUCAAUGAUCUAAGUAACAAAAUUCAGACUUUGAGGAAGGAGCAUACAUCUCUAUCAGUCGAGGUAAAGGAGAUAACGAGCAAUCAAUUUCCCGGCUUUGAAGUUCUGAAUACACUUCAGCACUUAAGUGAGGAGCAUGAGCUUUUGAAGAACAAGUACAUGGAAGAGUCUGAGCUUCUAAAGAAAAAGUACAUUGAAGAAUAUGCUGAAAGGAAGAGGCUGUACAAUGAAGUAAUUGAGCUGAAAGGCAAUAUUAGGGUCUUUUGUAGAUGCAGACCAUUGAACCAAGAUGAAAGGGCAAGUGGGUCGACUUCUGUUGUUGAAAUUCCUCCUUCCCAGGACCAUGAAUUGAAUAUAACUUGUGCUGAUUCUUCAAAGAAACAAUUCAAGUUUGACCAUGUAUUUGGGCCCCAAGCUGACCAAGAGGAGGUCUUUGCAGAAACUUCUCCAAUUGUCACUUCUGUUUUGGAUGGCUACAACGUGUGCAUAUUUGCCUAUGGACAAACUGGAACUGGAAAGACCUUUACCAUGGAAGGGACACCAGAGAAUAGAGGGGUUAACUAUAGAACUUUGGAGGAGUUAUUUAGGAUUGCUAAUCUGAGAAGCAGUACUGUGAAAUAUGAACUAUUUGUCAGCAUGUUGGAGGUCUACAAUGAAAAAAUAAGGGACCUGUUGGUGGAGAACACCAGUGAACCACCUAAGAAGUUGGAAAUAAAACAAGCUCCAGAAGGAACACAAGAAAUUCCUGGGCUAGUUGAAGCUCAUGUUUAUGGUACAGAUGAAGUAUGGGAAUUACUCAAGACUGGGAGCCGAGUGAGAUCUGUUGGAUCAACCAAUGCUAAUGAAUUCAGUAGCCGUUCCCAUUGCUUGCUGCGGAUUACUGUGAAAGGGGAAAACUUAAUGAAUGGACAAAGGACAAAGAGCAACCUUUGGUUGGUGGAUUUGGCUGGAAGUGAGCGUGUUGGAAGAAUUGAAGUUGAGGGUGAAAGACUGAAGGAAUCUCAGUUCAUCAAUAAAUCCCUCUCAGCUCUUGGUGAUGUCAUCUCUGCUCUUGCAACUAAAACAAACCACGUUCCAUACAGAAACUCAAAACUCACCCACAUGUUGCAGAGCUCUUUAGGAGGUGAUUGCAAGACCCUGAUGUUCGUCCAAAUUAGUCCUAGUGCUGCAGACCUGGGUGAGACUCUAUGCUCCCUGAACUUUGCUAGUCGAGUCAAGGGAAUUGAAUAUGGUCCAGCCCGCAAACAAGCAGAUAUCUCUGAGCUCCUCAAGUAUAAGCAUCUGGCUGAGAAGUUAAAGCAUGAUGAUAAAGAGACAAAGAAACUGCAGGAUAGUGUGCAAUCUUUGCAGUUAAGGCUUUCUGCCAGAGAGCAUAUCUGCAGAAGUCUUCAGGAGAAGGUGCGGGAUCUUGAAAAUCAACUGGCGGAGGAGAGGAAAACUAGACAGAAACAGGAAAAUAGAGCUGCUGCUUCUAUCAGGCAACCAAGACAGGCACAAAGAACCACAACAGAGAAGAAGCCUCCGCUAGGUCCUUCAAAUGCAAGGAUGCCAUUGCGAAAGAUAUCCAAUUACAUGCCCCAACCAUCACCUGUCCAAGCCAAGAAGACUUCUACUUUCUCUUCUCGUUUCUCAAGUUCAUACGAUGGUAAAGAAAACACUUCGAAUGGAUCAAAUACAAGAGCCAUGAGGGGGCCACGAAGGAUCUCUGUCGCAGUGAGACCAUCAACCGAAACUAUGGCACAACCUAUGCAGCCCAGAAGAAGGGUCUCCAUAGCAACACUCCGUCCUGAGUCAAAUUACCAUGAAACACCUCUUAGUAAGUCAAAACGCGAGAGUGCAUUACCAGGGCCCUCAUUUUUCAGGGAGGCAUCAAGGGUAAGGCGGUUUUCAAAGGUGUUUUCUCCUCUGCCAGAGACAAGAGCCGUAGCUAGUUCCUCUGUGGAAGCAGCAACACCUAUGAGCAGUAGGAGGUUUAUGGCAAGCCCUCCUCAACAGGGUUCGUGGAGGCCAAAGCACCCUACCGUGGUUGCCCUGCAGAAAAAGCCAGUUGUUUGGAGUCCUUUGAAGUUGCGAGGGUUGAAAAAUUUCCGGAAGUCUAUAGUAUGAUGUGAAAAUAUGCAUUUAUUUUCUCUUUGUUAACUGCAAUUCGUCACCUACAUAUAUUCUUGGGUCUUCCAAAUCAGUAGGCUCAAAUAUGCAUAGUAUUUUUAUACUUUUGUUGUAACAUCAUCAUUGUGAUGUUUUGAUUAAUUUUCCUGUCUUACAAUUUGUUAAGUUCAGAAUGUUUAGUACAGUAUUAUAUGCUAAAGAAAUUAAUUCAUGUCAAUUUUUAAGG